AUGUUAGGCAAAUUAACCAAGAAACUCCAACCCGUCAAAUUUGUCUUCAAUUUUUCAGUUGACUACCUCUUUGUGGAGACAAUGGGUAACAACACCACCUGCGUGGAUGAGAAUAUGUAUUCGAUUCAAUGGAAACGAGGUAGAAAACGAAAAGGUGAAACCGAAUUUCUUCAUCCUCCUGUUGGAUCUCGACAAACGACCAAAGUUAAAGUCAUUUUCAAUCGAGCAUUCCGAUUCGGAGGAACUCUCUAUAAAAACGAAAAGAAGAAUGAAUGGCAAAAGAAGGAAUUAUUAAUUACAUUGGAAGAAGUGGCCUCCAAAGAUGUUCCAUUGGCAAAACAAUGGAAUCAAUAUUUACAACAAGAAAAACAAGAAAAAGCUUCGAAAAAAAAGGAAGAAAAGAAACCUAAUUUCCAGACCACUACUUUGGCAAAACAUGCUCUAGAUUUAACAGAAUUUGUGAAUGAAACUCAAGAAACUACCACCACCAAGGAAUUACUUCUGGCUCCUGAAUCAAAAAAGAAUUCAGGAGUGAAGAUUCUUGUGAAACUUGUGAUGAAUUGUAAAUGUUUGAAAGACAUUUCACCGAGUGAUGAGGACUUUGAAAAUGUCAGUACUUAUUCAGGAACCUACAAGGAAGGACACCAAGAGGAUGACGAUGAAAAAUCCGAAGAUGAGGAUGACAUUGUAGAAGCUGAGCGUGACUUUGAAAGCACCUUAAUCAAGAAUAGUAGUUUGUAUUCUUCCGUAUCAACAGCACAAACUCUAAAAUCCAAUGUUUCAAGUGAGAAUCAUGAAGAACCAUUGUCACAACAUGAAAAAACCAAUGCCCCACUUGCAUUGUCAUCAACCAGUCCUAGGGAUGUACCUCCCGUUGUUGCAAGCGGAGCAGCUUCCUCAUUCGAUGCUCUUCGAUUGAGAGAAAUUGAAGAAAAAUUUCAUUAUGUGCGGAUGGAGAAUGAACAGUUAAAGAUUAAUUUAGAAACAGCUCAGGAAGCUGCUCAACAAGCCGAAUCUAAACUCUUUGAAAUUCAGUUAAAGAUGCAAAUGGUUCAAUCUAAAGCAGAUAAAGAAAUCAAACAAGUGGAGGAAAAAAUCAAAGAGACAGAGAAACAAUACAACAACAAGGAACAAGAAAUGUUACAUCAACAUGAAACAGAAACAGAGCGGUUAAAGUCUGAACUGGAAAAAGUCAAAAAUGAAAUGACUAAGAAGAAUAAUGAUUUGCAAAACGAGAAGGAUAAAUCAGAGAAGAAUCUCAAAGCAGAGAUUGAUCGAUUGACUCUUGAAUUGAAGCAAACGAAUGAAAGAUUCAGUUCGAACAUGUCAUCUUCUCAGACAUCGUUCCAACAAGAAAUUCAACAACUCAAGAAUGAGAUUUCUGAACUCAACAAAAAGAAGGAGGCACAGCAAAUUGAGUUGCAAAAACAAAUCAGUGAAAUUAGCUCUCAAAAGAGUGUGAUUGAAGCUAAAAGGUUAGAAUUGGAAAAGAAUUUGAGUGAGGUGACAAAGAAAUUCCUUCAACUCGAAAAUGACUACAAGGAACGACAACAAGAAAUUCAUAACUUGUCUCAGAAGCUGGAUAAGGAAAUUAAAGAGAAGGAAAAUAUCACAAGUACCCUCAACAACGAGAAGAAGUUAUUGAACAUUGAAAUUGAAGAAUUGAGAGUCAAAUUUUCAGAGACUGAAAAGAAGGGCUCUCUUCAAAGCAAUGAAAAUUCCAAAUUACUUGAAACUCUUAAAAACGAAAGAGAAUCUCUUAAUACCAAACUUACCACUCUUCAACAAGAUUUACAGAAAACCGAGCUUGCCAAGUCGGAUCUCACUUUUCAACUCAAAAAAGCAUCUGAAACCCUUCAAGAUAAAGAAGAUGAAAUUAAGAAACUCAAAUCAGAGCUUGAAAAGACAAAGAAUGAAGGAUCAGAAGCCUUGAAUCUUCCAAAACCAAAAUUAAUCAUCUCACAAUUGAUGUGGAAAAUUUAA